AUGAUUCCACCCCUCCCUACUCGGCCCCUCCGUCUGCAACCGCGCAUACUCAAUAGGAACCAAAUCCCUAAACACACCCGUCUUGAUCAUACUCUUCCGGAACAGCUUUCCACCGUCUCCAGCACCCGUGCGCAGUUCCUCACACGCAGCCUGCAUCGCCUGCCACUGUCUCUGCAGCUCCAGCUCGUGCUUCCGUCGCUGCUGCCCCUGGUACAGGUUCCAGGCGCGGUGGAUCGUCCAGUGGCGGAGGAAGCGAGUGCGGGAGAAUCGAAGGGGACGGGGAGUGAGUGGGUGGUGGAGGAAGUAGCGGAUCAAUGUGAUUCUGCGGUCGCCGCGGAAUCCGGACUCUUUUCUCUUUUGGAGCGAGAUGGUUGUGCUGAAUUGGGAUUGAGGCUGGAGUUGGGAUUGGCGGAGGGUGUUGGUGAUGGUGUUGCUGGUGAGGGUUGGGCGGGUCAUUGGGAUGCGGAAGACCGAUGCCAGGGAGGCGAGGACCGGGGAGAGGGUGCGCAUUUUGGUGGUGUUUCCUCUCUCUCUCUUUCUUUUUUCUGUCUCUGGGGGAUCGGUGCUGAGUUGAGGUUUGGUGGUGGUGGAGGUGGUGUUUCUGAGAAUGUUCGGAAGACAGACACUGCGCGCCGGAGCGGAAGUUUGAUUAGUUGA